GCCAGGUUCCCCAUGCUGCCCGCACGCUUCACCCGCAGACUGCUCUGGCCCUUACUUCGGGGACUACCUUCCACGGUAACGCGCCAUGGCCUCCGGGAGCCGUUCCUCGAGAGGAGAUGCGCGGCCCCCACCUCCUCCCAGCACGCAUCGGGCCUGCGACACGGGCUUCCUCGUGGCCCGACGGCGACUGCGGGUUACGAAGGAAGGGAUGACAUGGAGGAGGAGCAUUUUCUGUUCCCCGAAUACGUCCUGGAGCCGGAGCCCGUUCCGACCGUGGAAGAGCAGCUGCGGGAGCUGCGGCAGCGCCAGGAAGAGGAGGAACGACAGAAGCUACAGCGGCGCGAGGAGCGGCGGCAGCAGAAGCUACGCGCCAAACUCCGGGUGCACCCGGUCGUCGGGCACCCGGACCCGACCGUGCCGUCCAGCAGCCUGAACUGCUCCGGCUGCGGGGCGGAGCUGCACUGCCAGGACCCUGGCUUGCCCGGCUACCUGCCCAGCGAGAAGUUCCUCAGCGCGAGGGCGCAGUCGGACGGGCUGGCGCGGACCGUGUGCCAGCGCUGCUGGCUGCUGGUGCACCACCGGCGCGCCCUGCGCCUGCAGGUGAGCCGCGAGCAGUACCUGGAGUUGGUGAGCGCGGCGCUGCGGCAGCCCGGGCCCGCCCUGGUGCUCUACAUGGUGGACUUGCUCGAUCUGCCCGACGCCCUGCUGCCCGACCUGCCCGCGCUGGUCGGCCCCAAGCAGCUGAUCGUGCUGGGGAACAAGGUGGACCUGCUGCCCCAGGACGCUCCCGGCUACCUGCAGCGGCUCCGGGAGCGCCUGUGGGACGACUGUGUCCGCGCCGGGCUCCAGCUGGCCCCCGGCAGGGGCGGGCCACCUGGUGGGGGAGAGAAUUCGAGUCCCUCGGCCAAGGCCGGUGGUACUGUAGUCCGGGACGUGCGGCUCAUCAGCGCCAAGACCGGGUACGGCGUGGAAGAGUUCAUUUCCGCCCUUCAGCGCUCCUGGCGCUACCGCGGCGACGUCUACCUGGUGGGCGCCACCAACGCCGGCAAGUCUACUCUCUUCAACACGCUCCUGGAGUCGGAUUAUUGCAUCGCCAAGGGCGCUGAGGCUAUCGACCGAGCCACCAUCUCCUCCUGGCCCGGUACUACACUAAACCUUCUGAAGUUUCCUAUUUGCAACCCAACUCCUUACAGAAUGUUUGAAAGGGGGAAAAGGCUGAAAAAAUAUGCAUCUGAAGCUGAAGAAGAUCUUAGUCAGCUAGAAAAACAAAAACUUAAUCUCUUAAAAAAGCAUGGCUAUGUAGUAGGAAGAGUUGGAAGAACAUUCUUGUAUUCAGAAGAACAAAAGAAUGAAGCUGACUUUGAGUUUGAUGCUGAUUCACUUGCCUAUGACAUGGGAAAUGAACCUGUUAUGGUUGCAGAUAAUUCCACCAAAAAAGUAGAACUGACCCCAGAAGAUGUGAAAGAUGCCCACUGGUUUUAUGACACCCCUGGAAUUACAAAGGAAAAUUGUAUUUUAAAACUUCUAACAGAAAAAGAAGUGAAUAUUGUCUUGCCAACACACUCCAUUAUUCCAAGAACUUUUGUGCUUAAACCUGGAAUGGUUCUAUUUUUGGGUGCCUUAGGACGCAUAGAUUUUCUGCAGGGAAGUCAGUCAGCUUGGUUUACAGUAGUGGCUUCCAACUUCCUUCCUGUGCACAUUACCUCCUUGGAGAAGGCAGAUGCUAUAUAUCAGAGGCACGCAGGUGAUACAUUGCUCAAGGUUCCAAUGGGUGGAAAAGAGCGAAUGGCAGAGUUUCCUCCUCUUGUUGCUGAGGACAUUACAUUAGAAGAAGGACUUGAGAAUUUGGAAGCAGUGGCUGACAUCAAGUUUUCCUCUGCAGGUUGGGUUGCAGUAACGCCUCAGUUUAAAGACAGACUGCAUCUCCGAGGCUAUACACCUCAAGGAACAGUGCUGACGGUCCGGCCACCUCUCUUGCCACAUAUUGUUAACAUCAAAGGAAAUCGCAUCAAAGGAACUGUGGCCUAUAAAACCAAGAAGCUUCCUUCCCUUGUGUGCAAUCUGCAGAAGAAGAAAAACAUGAAAAUAUGAAGUUGACCUUGCUCAUGCUGAUAUUAACUAUAUAGCUAUAAUAAAGCUCCCCUGUGCCCACCCUUUGUAACUACUCAGAACUGUGCCUAUUUGUAUUGAGUUUGUAACUAUAAGUUGUUUUUUUGUAGGGUGUGUGUAUGCAUGUGUGACCCAAAUAUGCCUAAAAAGGAGUUCUGCUA